AUGUCGAACCCGCCGCCAUCCAGGUUCACCACGGGGAACCAGACCACGCACGAGCGCCUCACCACCACCACCGUCGGGCUCGUCGCGCUCUCCGACUUCAGGAAGCGCCGCGCCGAGGUCCUCGAGCAGCAGGAGCGCGAGGCCCGCGAAAAGAACAAGCAGGCCGCCGCCGCCGCCGCCGCCGCCACCGCCACCGCCACCCAGACCCCAGACCGCUCGCGCACCGGCACGCCCGCCAACGGCAGUGAGGGGAGCGACGCCGAGCGCCAGCUGAAGAAGAAGAAGACGGCCAAGCGCGCCAAGGUCUCCAACAAGCUCUCCUUCGCCGCUGACGGCGACGAGGACGACGACGAUGACGCCGCGCCGCCGCGCAUCCUGAAGAAGGCCCCUGCGAAGCCCCAGCCCAAGGGCGAGGCCUCCCCCGAGGACGGGAACGAGGCGGCUGGGUCUGAGGAUGCAUCAGGGGCCGCCGAGAGCAGCGGCAGGGAUGAGGCGAGCGCCAGCGAGUCCAAGAGGCCGUCCAAGCCCAAGAUCACGCCCAACGCAUCGGUGGGCGUGAUCCCCCGCGCCCUGACCAAGGCCGCGCUGCGCCGCGAGGCCGCGGAACGCGAGGCCCUGCGCAAGGAGUUCCUCGCCCUCCAGGCUGCCAUUAAGGCCACCGAGAUCGCCAUACCCUUUGUCUUCUACGACGGCACCAACCUGCCCGGAGGCACUGUCACGGUCAAGAAGGGCGACUUCACAUGGGUCUUCCUCGACAAGAGCCGCAAGGUCGGGGCAAAGCUGGGUGUCGGCGGCGAAAGGAUCAUAAAUGCCAGACGUGACUGGGCUAGAGUCGGUGUCGACGACUUGAUGCUGGUUCGAGGGACCAUAAUAAUUCCACAUCACUACGAAUUUUACUUCUUCAUCAUGAACAAGACCCUAGGGCCAGGCAACCGCCCCCUCUUUAACUACAGCGUCGAGGCACCACCAAAGAAGGAUGAAAGCGAGGCAAGUAGCGAGGCUGGACCUCCAGCGGGCUUGCUCCGUCGAACCGGAGACCAAGAGCGAGCAGCGCAGAUCCAGGCGCUCGAGGGAGCCCAGGACGACCCCAACAUGACAAAAGUCGUUGACCGGCGCUGGUACGAACGAAACAAACACAUAUACCCAGCCAGCGUCUGGCAGGAGUUCGAGCCCGACAAGGACUACAGCAAGGAGGUCCGGCGCGACCUGGGAGGCAACACCUUCUUUUACUCGCGCUGA